AUGGGCAACGACACGGGAGACUUGACGGACGACGUGCCGGAGCCGAAGAUUUCGGAGCCGCCGUUGCCGUACAAUCCCAGGCCGCCGAAAUUGCGCAAAAAUAUGAUCGGGCGCUCGGCAACAUUAUUGAAAGCCUCUUUUUCAGAUUUUCUAUCACAAGCUCCAUACCAAACUCUGAAAGAGGUUUCACUAACUGAUAAAGUACGCAUACAAGCUGGCAUCACUAAUCGUUUUCAGGCAAAAAUGCCUUUGGAUUCUGAUUUGCUAGGAAGAGCACAGGCAACAAAAGCAGUUCAACUGAUAUUCCUACAACCCACUGGUCUGCUGAAAAUGAUCUAUGUGCAUCUCCAACUCAAGUUUCUAGCUGUAUGCCCCAUCUGCCAAAGUGUUAUCCUGUCUCAAAAGCCAGAGGUUCAAUUAAACCAGUCUAUAAUAAAAGGAGAUGUAGUAUUAGAAAGUAUGAAUACCUUGUGGGAGCUACACAGUCAAUUUUUCUCAAAAUCAGAACGGUUGCUUGACUUAUUAAAUGCUUCAGAUCAGUCAGAGUAUUGCAGGAACAAAUCAAAAGAAAUUGCAGAUGUCUGCCAAACAGGAGGCUUAUAUUACUGUGGUCCUGAAGAUGCAUGUUGUGAAUCCAAGCCUGACAAGUUAAAAAGGUGUAAUCUGUGCAACAUACAUAAUAAGGAAAACUGCUGGGCCACAACUACAACAAAAAAUCUGAAGAGAAUCAUCAAUUUGAAGCUUGAUGUGAAAGACCCACUUGUUACUACAGAAGGUUUCGCUAUUGCACUAGGAAACCUGUAUAAUGAUAAACCAGAAGUGGAAGCAGAACAUAUUUUGGGCGUCUUUGCUGCUGCUGCAGUUCUGAAAUUCAAACUUUUGUUUAACAAGUGUGCAACUGUUAUGCUAGAUAACAUAAAUACCACCACAGUAUGUCACUUCCAUCAAGCUGCUUUGAAGUAUAACCAAGAGAAGCUGAGACAAGCCUGUGAGAGAUGGUUGGAGUUAAAUCUUAUUGUGCAUCUAAGAUACAAGGCCACUUUGCGAGAUUUGCAAAUGGACGUUCUGCAAAAAACUUUAUUAUCACCUAGAUUGUUUACAUUUACUGAAUACCACAUACUACAAACCAUCCUCUCCUGGGUUUUCCUUCAGGUGAAUACUGAGGUACGGUUAAUGCCACCGUACGGUACAAUCAUAGCCUAUUUUAUCAGUUUACAUAAGCUAGCUAUCUACAUGGAAAAGGAGAUUCGUCAAAAGUAUUUUGGAUUGUUUCAGACCAUCCGUUUACAUGGAAUAACUGAAACUCGACAGAUUGAGGAGCUACAGCAGAUCGAUUUGUUGCCACAGGCCAUUUUGUUGCAAGUUGUCACCCACAACUAUUAUGCACUACAACAUGGUGGAGACAUGCCAUGUGUGAAAUACUUUCCCUCUGAAGCAAUCCGAUUUGGUUUCAUCAUGACAGAGAGAUUAAAUCAUGCAGACUCAAAUAUACCUUUUGGAAUUACUGAACGCAAUGCUUUCAGCUUAAGACAGGAACGUGAAGUGAAAUAUGAAAUCCUAGUACAGACACAGAUGGACGAUGAAUGGCAAGUCUUUACAACUGGUAACUUAUGCCAGAAAUUCGGUGUUACCAAAAUGUCCUGCCAAAGCCAGAUUCUGUUAGUGGCUGGACUGACAAUGCCUGUUUAUGUGACCUUUGCGCUUCUUUUUCCAGUAUCUUGA